AUGACAUCUGCCGACCCAAGAAUCAAGAGCUUGCUGAAAAAGCGCAAGUACAAGGAAGUCGACGAGGAAGACGACGAAUCAUCGCUUGAAGAAGGUGAAGUAGAUGAUGACAAUCAAGCAGGCGAUAUCCUGUCGAUCGUUAGAGCUGAACGAAAGAAACGGGAAGCUGCUUUACGAAAACCACAUUCGGCUGCUUCGAGACAGCUCAAUGUUAUGGAUUUUGAGGGGGCUGAUACCGUCAGGGCUAUUGAUACUCGACGAUACUUCAAUAUUGAAGAACGAAAAGCUACAAUACUUUGCAGGUUCUGUCACAAACCUGGUCAUGUUGUUCGAGAUUGUCCCGAAACAGAAUGUCCCAUGGUUUGGCGAUUAUAUGGAAUUGAUGGUGAAGCCAACCGCAUGGAAUUUACGAGAUAUUGUUACAAUUGUGGUUCAAAGGGCCAUCUAGGCGAUGACUGUCCUCGUGACAAUCAAAACAACAUCCCUGACUUCUAUUGGCACUCUGCCUUUAGGACAGAUGCAGAUGCACCACCAGCUCCAUUAGGUAGAGUCCCAAUGUCGAAAAGAGCAGCAGCCACCAUGGAUGACGACGAUGCAGACGACGAAGAAGAUACGUCGAGGAGGAGGCGUCCUCAGUCUCCUGGCCGGGAUACUCUGUCUUAUGAUGGACGUCGAAACGACCGUGACGAUCGAAAUCGUUCACCUCUACCUCGAAAACCAUAUCAGUCCACUAAUGGUCGAGGUCGAAACUCUCCUCCACCAAUACCAACAUCCUCUCGUCGACGUAAUUCAGAUGAUAAAAGGCCAGACGGUCGUAAUCAACCGAACGGAUAUGGAAAUGGAAAGCAACGUGCUCGACCAGAUGACUGGGAUGUUUCUGAUGGUUCAGAAAAUGAUACUUAUAUUGGCAAUGGUGGACCGAUGGGAAAACAGGCGGCAAACGGCUUCAAGGCAAAGGAGAUGAAACGCAACGGUGUUGCUGAUAACCAACCUUUUACAUUCGACCUCCCCGAUAUAAAUAGUAGUAGCGCAAAAUUCAAGAAACACAAACAACCAAAACAAUCGAAACCACCCAAACAACAGCAGCAGCCGAAAAGCAAACGUCAAAAGAUACAGCAGCUAGACGUUGAAGAUGAAGAUGUUGAAAUAGAGGAACUGAUAGAUACUGAUGAAGAACUAUAUGGUGUUUCUGAUCGUCGCAUCGAUGCCGAACGUAAACGAAUGAUCCAGCAGAAUCAUUCGCCAUUGCCUAACGACCACAACCACAACAAGAAGAAUAACAAUCAUGCCAACGGCAACCACCCACACAGAAAUCCGCCACGACGAGACCCGAUGCGCCCUGAACGUUUGGCAAGACUUGCUAGGCGUAAGGAGGAAAGGAGGUUGGCCAAGAUAGAGAAAGUUAACAUCACUCAGAACAGUAACGGCAACCACAAUAACAAGAAAAAGAAGAAUGCCAAUAACAACAAUAAUAAUAACAACAGCAGCAACAACGCUGCUAGAAAGCCUGUAUUUGAUAGUGAAGUGAUUGUUAUUGAUGAUUGA